AUGGACGACGAAGGCCCGCCGCCUCCCCCGCCUCCACAUGGAGAGAAGCCGAACACCACACACGGCGAGUACCGAAAGGCAUCAGAUCUCCCACAAGGAAAUUACGAUAUCUUCAUAAUACCUCCACAUUCUGCGGGGUCCGGAUUCCUCUAUCUCCCAUCGUUACAAUGCCAGCGGAAUAGCUUUAUCGCCGGCGCUGCCUGCGCGCUGGUCGCGGUCUAUGUAUGGAUGACCUUGGCUCCAGUCGUAAAGCUCUGGUAUGCGACGACCGUGGCCAGCGGCGGGGGGGCCGGCAUUGCCAUCCUCGCUGUUGGCGUUGUAGGGUUGGGAGGAUGGGCAUUCGGCAACUAUCAGGCAGGCAGUGGUGGAAUCCCUCGACCAGGACCUGGAUUUGGGCCCAACUGGUCUGGAUCUGGUGGACCAGGUGCAUCGGGCGCGAAUGGUGCAGGUAGUGGCGGAGCGAACUACUCAAGGGGUGGGAACUUUGGGGGUCAAGCUGGAGGAUCGCAUCAACAUGGUAAUUACAGCGGAAACUACGCUGGUGGGCCCCCACCAGGAAACCAGUAUUCGGGGAAUCAGUACAGGGCUAAUAAUGAGCCGCCACCGCAGACUACUCCUGGUCCUAAUCCAAACACCAACCCUGAUCCUGGUCCACCUCCAGGUCCCAAACCUGGCGGUGCUGGUACCAAGCCGGCGGAUUCUGGCCCUCAAAGCGAAAGUAAACCACAAACUGCGGAAGACUGGGAGAAGGCUCGGGAAGAAACAAGGCGGAAGGAGGAUCUGCGGCGAAAGAUGGAGGAGUUCAAGAGGAAAAGAGAAGCAGAAGCACGCGAAAAGGAAAGACAGCGCGAGAGAGAGAGAAUGGAAAAGGAGCUGCGUGAGCGCAGAGAACAACUGGAGAGAGAAAUGGCGGCCGCGCGAGAAGCCGCUGCCAGGGAAGCGAAGUUACAAGCAGAAAAGGAGGCAGCGGAGCAUCGCGCACGACUGGAGCGCGAGGCUGCCGAAGCGAAAGCCAAGGCGGAGAAAAUCGCUGCUGACGCUCGAAAAAGGGAAGUAGAGGCUCGAAUGCGAGCUGCACGAGAGGCAGCGGAAGCAAGAGCCAAGCAGAGAAAGGAGGAGGCAGAAGCAAAGGCGAAGAAAGAGAAAGAGGAGGCCGAAGCAAAAGCUAAGAGAGAACAGGAAGAGGCUGAAGCAAAGGCCAGGGCGGAGAAGGAGGCCGCAGAGAAGGAAGCGGCUGCAAAGGCUGCUGCAAAAAAGGAAGCUGAUGCCAAGUUUGCGGCCCUCAAGGAGGCUGCUGCUAAGAAGUAUGCUGAGAAGAAGGCUCGAGAUGCGCAGGAAGCGGCCGCGAGAGAGGCUGCAGCAACAGCCUCCAAGGUAUCAAGUGCAUCGGCACCACCACCCCGAACUCCAUCACCGAAGAAACCGACAGCGCCUCCGUCAAAGGCUAGCGCACCUACGGCAGAUGAGGAUGCAUACUCGUUCCGACCCUACGAUCGACCUCGACGACCGUACGGUGCUUCCCAGGGAUCCGUGUACUCCGAAUCGUCCUACGCACCAUCGCAGUCAACAGCGCGCACAACACCGCCGCCAUCUACCAGGGGUGCUUAUGAGACCAAGGACCCCGAUAAAAUUGUCAUCAGGGGUGUGUACGCCUUCAAUCAAGCAUCCCUUCGCGCUCCUGUGGCCCAACUCGUCUCAGGCCAGAAUAUGGUGACAGAUGGGCUCGUCCUCCGCAUCACAACAGAAGGUCUGUUUAUCGAUGACGACGUCCGCGGGGUCCCGCAGAGAGAAUGGGACGUUAAAGCAUGGACAAUGAAACUGGUCGAAGUAUGGUGCCCACAAGUUGGUCCUCCAAAGCCAAAGGACAAGAAAGCAAACCAGUCGUUCUUCGGCCGCAGUACCAACGAUACACCAUCAUCAGAGGAGUCCGACGCAUACCUGGCCAACUUCCUCAAAGUCUGCAAGAAUACCUGCCGGCUCGCCUCGCCGGGCUUUAAAGGAAGCAACGCGAACAGCAAAGAGAGCCAUCCCUACGGAGGUCUUCAUGUUCUUCGCGCUACAAUCCGCGACCAAGAGGGCCGUCGAUACGUCUUUGUCCUCCAAGAAACGGAGGGCUGGAAGGUCGCCCUGGGACUGCAGCGGCUCCGCAAAGGUAGCCAGGUCCGAGCCCUAGGUGUAUGUGGGAUGGCUCUUGGAGAGACACGGACCAUCCUCUCGGGCCUUGGAUACUGA